GCACGUCAAAGAAUUCUCCCACGUGUCAUCGGCGUCUCAACCGGCAGCUGCGCUGUAAGGGAGACCGCUGAAUUGUGUUGGGAAAAGACUGCACAUCUGCGUCGAGUACGCCGACGCCGCUCUCCUCCUACCACGGCAUUGUGGGUGUCAUUCGUCGCGUCUUCGCGGCUUUGCGAGGGAGCUCUCCAUCAUCUACUGUAUUAUUACUGUUACUUCGAUUAUUCUUCUGCAUCAAAUUCGUUGUUGCGUGCCGUCCUCUCUUCACCUUCUGCGGAAUGCAAAACAAAAACUUUCCGUUUCAGGCGGUGCCGCAGAGUCACUGGCCGCUCACCUCCUCAGCGCACAAAUGCGUCGUGUGUGGGAAGACUUUCGGCCUCUUUCAGACCGCCGAGAACUGCCGAGGCUGCGGUCGAGUGUGCUGUUCCAGCUGCCUGUCCGACCACCUUGUGUUGCCCGGCCAGCCAGGGACGGCGCCGGUGCCGGUGUGCCAGAUAUGCGCCGACUCCAUCACCCGCACCUACGAAGAGGCGGAAAUGACGAUGCAGCGCUGCCAGCUUCUGGAGGAAAUUGUAAAUGAGCAGGCGCUGCAGGCGGAGAAGACGCGAAGUGACCUGCGGGAGCAGCAGGAAGAGAACAAGCUGCUGCGGCAUGAAAAGGAGCAGCUGAAGGCGACGAUUGCGCGAAUGGAGAUCGAGGCGGAGGUGGCGGCGGCAAAGGUGGAGGCGACAACACGAGCCACCGCUGCGUCAACGCCACCUGCUGUUGCCUCACCCACCGCCUCGCCCGUGAAGCCGGACAGCGACACUAAUGCGCUGGGCGACGGCGCCCUCUCCGAGGGGAGUCUCGCGGCGAUGGAAGAGAAGUUGAACAAAAAGAAGCGCCAGCUCGACAUGCGCGAGGCGACGCUGAAGGACGCCCUCAAGAAGGUCUCCGCUGAUGCCGCCAAGAACGCCGAUCAGCGAGCGGCGCUGCAGGAGCAAGAGAAGCAGCUGACAGCGUUGGUGACGUCAAAGUUCACGGCCCUCUUUGAGGAAGAGCGUCAGCGACUCGAGGACAUGAGCACAGACGCAGUGACAGACAUGCAGAACCAGUUCGUAGCCUGGGUAGGACAGCAACAGGACGGAGUUAUCGAGCGCCGACGCAAGUACGAGCAGCUGAUGGAGGAGCGCCAGCACCGGACGGCAGCGGAGCUCGUCGAGAUGCGGACCAGCCGGGACGCCCUGCAACGUCAGCUGGAACUUCAAACGAGAGAAAUAGAGAAGCUGCAAGCCGAGGCGCGUAAUGCAGCGGCGGCACACUCGAUGCUGGUAGGGGCGGCUGCCCAACAACAGCAGGAGCAACAGCAACAACAGGAAGACAGAACGGAGCAACAGGAAUUGAAUCAGGGCGCAAUCGCUGCCACGCGACGAGCCGAAAAGGCGGAGGGCGAAGUGCACCGGCUGCAGGCGGAGCUCGAUUCCACGAAAGCACUUUACACGGAGGAGACCCAAGCCCGCGAGAUCGCGUCGGCCGCGUACCAGUCGGAGCAGCGGCAGGCGCAGCAGCGACUCGAAGCCUUGACACAGGGCUUCCGUGCGCAGCAGGAGGAGGCGAAGGCUGAUCGAGAUGCCGCUGUCGCAGCUGCCCGGCAGGCGGCGGCGGAACAUCAUGCGCAAGAGCUGGCGGCACAGCAGGAGCGUCUGGAGGCGAAGGCGGCUGCGGACGUUGAGGCUGCUGUGCAACGUGAGAGGCGACAGCACGCAGCGGCGAUGGAGAGGGACAACGCCCAGCACGGAGCGGAGAAGGAAGCUCUGGAGAAUACCGUAAAGGAGUUGGAGCGUCGGCUGCAAGAAGCGGUAAUGGCCGAAGAGCAACAGCCGCUCGAUGCCCCGCCAAAGCCAACUGUGGAAGAGGCAGAGCAGAAGGAAGAAGCCGCAGCAGCAGCGUUGGCACAUCUCCAAGAACUCCACUUACAUGAAGCAGCAGCGUGGGCGGCAAGCCAAAAUCAGUUGGAGGCGCGGCUGCGCGAGGCGGAGAGUCAGAGAGAGGACACGCUGAAGGACAGUGCGGCGGCCUUCGCCAGAGCUGCACAGGAGCACGCCGCGACAGUGGCAGAACUUACUGCAGAGCACCAAAGAGAAAAGGCAGCGUGGGAGACGAAGACGACGCAACUCAAACGCGCACAGGCGCAGCAGGAAGAUGGGCUGCAGCGCCAGGACAAGACGUGGAGGGAGGAAAAGGCCGCACUGUUGAAAACGUGCAACGACCUCGAGGCCCGCCUGGAGACGCGAAAGAAGGCGGCGUGGCAGCUGCAGCAGCAACUGCGCGACUGCAAGCAGCAACUUUCCGAGUUGCAGGCGCAGUAUCAAAAGAAAGCGACGGAGGAGGAGACGGCGACGGUGGCGCAGUCGCGGGCGGCGACGACGCUGCAGCGAAGUGCUGCGGCACUUGUGAAGGAGGUGCAGCAGGCACAGCAGCGGGUAUUGACGGAGCACACCGCUGCCGUCACCCACAUCCGCAGCGAGCUUCAGGAAACGGCGAAGGCAGCGUCUGCCGCCUCGAGUCAAAAGAAGACGCGGGAGGCGGUGAAGCAGCUCGCAUCACAGGUGGCAAGCGUGAAGGAAGAGAAGGAGGAAGUGCAGCAGCAGCUCAAGGCGGAACAGGAGAGGCGGAGCAACGCUGAGGCAAAACUGGAGAAGUUAAAAGCGUCGUUGUAUUCGAUGCAGAGUACGGAGCAGCAGCAGCGGCAGACAAUGGCGGAGCUGCAGGAGAAAUACCAUCAUGUUGCGGACGAGUUGGAAGCCGUCAAAGCGGCCAAGGCAACGCAGGCUGCUCUCAGCGAGUCCCCCUCGCCUUCUCCCAGCCGAUCUCUAGAGAAUGAAACGCACCUUCUCGGAGUGCAGCAGCAUUGGGUGCAGCAGCAGGCGCACGUGGAGGGACUCUACGCCAUGGCGUUGACCACGGUGCUGCAGCAUGAGUGGUCAGCUGCCAUGGACGUGGUGGUGGAGCAUCUCGCGUCGGAGGCGUGGAAGCAACGACAGAUGCGCGCCCGCAACGCCACAGCACUGGAAAACACGACAAGCACCAUCAGAGAGGUGCAAGAGGACUUGCGCGUACGCGCGCAGGCGUUAGUACAGCGGCAAACUGAAGUAGAAGAGCAGGAGCGCCGGAUAGCUGAGAAGAAGAAACGAGUAGACGCGGUCUGCCGCGACCUCUACGCGGUGGCGAAGGAGCUGCGCACGAAGCAUUUAGACGGCACCGACUGCGCCGGCGUGGAGCAGCUUGUUCGCUCUGCACGUGUCGUGGGCGAGGAUGUGUAG